CGUCACCACACUACCAGGUCCAGGAAGCUGGAAGUUUCACUAGACUUUUUUUUUUUGCACAACUCUGUUUUUAAAGACGAGUUUAACUUACGAAUUUAAGACAAGUUAGCACUGUUGUGUGUUUGUUAUUUAAGGGAGCUGUGUUUGUAUUUAAUUUCUCUGUAAGUCUGUAGAGUAGGAGGACGGGAAGGACGUAAAUUCGCCACACAUCCCUGACUAAAGAUGUCAACCUCGAACCCUCUGGCUAAUUACAGCACGGAACUCCACGAUGACCAAGCAGAUAAAGUGGACAAAUACCUUCACAACCUCCAGCUGUCAGAUAAGACUUUGAUGGACGUGUCACUACGAUUUCGUCGAGAGAUGGACAAAGGCCUGUGUAGAGACACCAACCCCACCGCUGCUGUCAAGAUGCUGCCCACAUUUGUGCGCUCCACUCCUGACGGAACAGAACAAGGACAAUUCCUGGCCCUCGACCUUGGUGGAUCAAACUUCCGAGUGCUUCUGGUCAAAGUCAUGGGUAAUGGCGAGCAAAAAGUGGAGAUGGAAAGUCAGAUUUACGACAUUCCUGAACACAUCAUGAGAGGCAGCGGGUCUGAGUUUUUUGACCACAUAGCUGCUUGUCUGGCUAACUAUCUGGACAAGAUGGGCAUGAAGGACAAAAAGCUUCCUCUGGGCUUCACCUUCUCGUUUCCCUGCCAGCAGACUAAGUUGGAUGAGGCUGUUUUGAUGUCUUGGACUAAAGGCUUCAGGUCAAGUGGGGUGGAAGGACAGGACGUGGUCAGCCUUCUGAGAAAAUCCAUCAAGAAAAGAGGGGACUUUGACAUUGACAUUGUGUCUGUGGUCAAUGACACAGUGGGAACCAUGAUGACCUGUGGCUUUGAUGACCGUCACUGUGAAGUUGGCCUCAUUGUAGGAACGGGGACCAACGCUUGCUACAUGGAGCAGAUGAGGAACAUUGGUGUUCUGGAUGGUGACGAGGGGCGGAUGUGUGUAAAUACUGAGUGGGGUGCUUUUGGGGACGACGGGGCCCUGGAGGACCUACGCACUGACAUUGACCGGGAGCUGGACGCAGGCUCAUUCAACCCUGGCAAGCAGCUGUUUGAGAAGAUGAUUAGUGGGAUGUACAUGGGGGAACUGGUACGUCUCAUCUUGGUAAAGAUGGCCAGAUCACAGCUGCUGUUUCAGGGCAAGACUACGUCAGAGCUCCUCACCACCGGACACUUCAGUACCAGCCACAUCUAUGCAAUCGAGAAUGACAAAGAUGAGGAAGGUAUUGCUAGUGCUGAGAAGAUACUUCGUGGCCUGGGGCUGGACCCGUCGGUUGAGGACUGCAUAGCAACUCGGAGGGUGUGUCAGAUUGUAUCCACACGGGCCGCACACCUGUGCGCUUCCUCUCUAGCAUCAGUGCUGCGACAGAUCCGGGAUAACAAAGCUGCUGAGAAGUUGCGUGUCACUAUUGGAGUGGAUGGCUCUGUUUACAAGAAUCAUCCAGAGUUUUCCAGGAGGCUCAACAAAAUGGUUCGUCGACUUGUACCCGACUGCGAUGUGCGUUUUUUGCAGUCACAGGAUGGUAGUGGGAAGGGUGCAGCUAUGGUGACUGCGGUGGCCUUCCGACUUGCCAACCAAAAUGCUGACCGGCAGCACAUCCUCGACACGCUGGGCUUGAGUCGCGAACAGCUGCUGGAGGUAAAGAGGCGAUUCAGCGAGGAGAUGACCCGAGGUCUGUCAAAGCAAACCCACAAGCAGGCCAGCAUCAAGAUGCUUCCCACUUAUGUCCGAUCCACUCCCGACGGAUCAGAACAUGGCGAUUUCUUGGCUUUGGACCUUGGAGGCUCCAGCUUUCGAGUGCUUCUGGUGCGAGUGAGAAGUGGAACAAAACGCAGUGUGGAUAUGCAACAGAAGAUCUACAGUAUCCCACAGGAAAUCAUGCAAGGCACAGGGGAAGAGCUGUUCAACCAUAUUGUGGACUGCAUAGCUGACUUUUUGGAAUACAUGGGCAUGAAAGGAGCAUCUUUACCUUUGGGUUUUACGUUCUCCUUCCCCUGCGAUCAAACCAAACUUGAUGAGGGCAUACUCCUGAAGUGGACGAAGGGGUUUAAAGCCAGUGGCUGUGAGGGGAAAGAUGUUGUCGCGUUGCUUAAAGAAGCUGUCCGCAGCAGAGGGGAAUUUGAUUUGAACUUUGUGGCAGUAGUUAAUGACACAGUGGGAACCAUGAUGACUUGCGGAUACGAGGACCCCAAAUGUGAGGUGGGACUCAUCGUCGGCACAGGGACCAAUGCCUGCUACAUGGAGGAAAUGCAUAACAUCGAACUGGUGGAGGGCGACAAUGGCCGCAUGUGUGUCAAUGUCGAGUGGGGAGCAUUUGGUGAAAAUGGGGAACUAGAGGAGUUUUGCACAGAGUUCGAUCGCCUCGUCGAUGCCUGCUCUAACUACCCUGGGAAACAGAGGUAUGAAAAGAUGAUCAGUGGGAUGUACCUGGGGGAGAUCGUGCGGAACGUGUUACUGGAUUUUACCGCUAAGGGCCUGCUGUUCAGGGGCAAAGUGUCAGAACGACUGAAGACGCGAGGCAUCUUUGAGACAAAGUUCCUGUCGCAGAUUGAAAGCGACCGCCUCGCCAUGCGUCAGGUUCGCUCCAUCCUGCAGCACCUGGGCCUCACCGGCUCCACGUGCGAUGACAGCGUGCUGGUGAAGGAGGUGUGCAGCGUGGUCGCCCGCCGUGCCGCUCAGCUCUCUGGCGCUGGUUUAGCCGCUGUUGUCGACAAGAUACGGCAGAAUCGCAACUUGAAUCAACUCUCCAUCACCGUGGGAGUGGAUGGCACGCUUUAUAAAACGCAUCCUCAUUUCUCUGCCAUUAUGCAAGAAACACUGCGGGAUUUGGCGCCACAGUGUGAGGUGACGUUCCUGAAGUCGGAGGAUGGAAGUGGAAAGGGAGCAGCACUGAUCACCGCAGUGGCCUGCAGGGUCAAAAAUGAAGGACAGCAGUAAAUCCCAAAGGCUGCUGUGAUGUCAUGAAUAGUUAUAUAUAUAUAUUUUUAAUGUUUUUUUUCCAUCCCCAGUGUAAAGGUGUGUAAGAAUGUGUUUUAAGAUUUGUGUUUGUAAUCUUUGUAGCUGAUAUUGAGAAGGGGGGAGUCUUUAAAUGAAGUUCAGACAGCGCGUUACAAGAAUUGCACCUCCUGUGAAAUGUGACUGUUACAAGCUGAUGGGCUUGUUUUGUAUACACUCCAUCUUUGUCUUUAAUAUUGAAUAUCCCAGGCUGCCUUCCAGCUCGUGUGUAUAAGUUUAUACACUGAUUGAAAAAAGAAAUGUUGGAAAAACUUGUUUAGGCAGCACGUGUCACAAAGUGCCUCCGUCACAAAAACAUUUCCAUUGCCUUUAUUUGGAAAAUUGCUGAACACGUGGGAGAUUAAACUGUAACUCCUGUGUUAUGAAACCAAAAAUGAAAUGCCGGUUGUUGUACUGAAUUUACCAAUAUUUAAACACAGCGUUUAUAUAAGUGAACUGUUCUGUUCUGCUGGACAUGCUGAAAACCAAAUCUUAUUCAUUCUGUAUUUUUAUUCAUACUGUGUUUGUAUUUGUAGUGCUAGCAGAGGGCUAAUGAUUACCAUUAGGUUAUUCUGAUGCUGUAGGAAAAGUACCAACAUUAAAUAUUCUCACUGCACCCAUCCCCAGGGACUCUUACCAAACAAUAGAGGUCAGAAAAUAAAGGAGAAAAGACAAAAAGUUGAAAUCCAGCACUGGUGGGAAAAUGUUUUUAAUUUAUUUUUCUUUUUUAUUUGUAUUAACUUUAUUUGCAUGUUUAAAUAUUUCAUUUUGCUACCAAAAAGGUUAAAAAGUCAUGUUUCUGAAAAUGCCCGUCAAGCCGAAACUCAGCAAAAAAGAAUCUUUUUUUAAAAAAAAAUCAGAAUUCCCAACAUUCAGCAGCAACAUCACUAAAAUCAAGCUUUAGUGAAUUUUUAGAACCACAGCACUUUGCUUUUUCAUUCAUAAUCUGUCUGCUAAGAUUGUCUGGCAGAUCAUAAUUCAUCCUGCGGUUUUACUGCCAUUAAAGACCGUCACAUUACAAUUGA